GGUUUCUUUUUCCCGGUCUAAAUAUAGGGGUAUCUGACGUGAGACCUCGAAAAUUGCUCCACACUGACGACGGCAGACGCGCGGCCCCAUGGAAACGCGCCCCACAACUCGACUCUUAAUGACGGGGCGUAUUUUUAGCCGGUGUUGUCAUCCAGUGUUAUCGCGUAGUAUAAAGGGCGGACACUCAAAAUGCAGCUGUACAGCAGCGGGCUAACACACUACCCAGCCUCGUCGCGAAAAGUUACGGUCACUGUUACGACCAGCUGCGGCGACACACCGUCAGAUUCAGCUUUGAACGGAAACAUCGCACAAAGUCCAGUGGGGGAGAACCGAACGGACUCAAACAUGCCUGCGUUUUCAUGCUACGAGGCCACCUCGACCAGGCCUGUUUUCUACACGUCAAGGGCAGAGAUUGUAAUCACAAGGCCGGAUGGACAGAAAAAGUGUGUUCCAGUUCACACCAUAAAGAAUACGCACCGCUCCCUUGAUUAUGUGGACAGGACCUAUUUACCAGAAAACAGGAUCGGUGAUCUUAUUGGACACACGAGGAAUGGACCAGACAUUUUCCAGGAUGAGAGUGAGAUAAGUCAGAGCAACUCAUUUGAUUUUGACAGCUUAUUAAGCAGGAAUGGUUGCAGAGCCAGUGACCAGAGGAAAGAAUUUGUGGUUUGUGUCUCAGACAAAGUCGCUUCACAAAACUUUUCACAAAGAGCUUUACCGAGGCUCAGCAACAAAGACAUGUCUAACACAUUCAAAAAUGAAAAUAAACUUAAAUAUGAGCAGAUCGAUACAGAUGAAAGCAAGGACACAGAGGAGCCAGUGUUUGAGCUGUGUAGCCUCCAGGGGCCCUCAAGAAAGACUGACCUUAAUGAGAAAGUGAGCCAGUACCUUGCAGAGGUAAAAAAGCAGGAUAAAUAUCUCCAGGAGAGGAACAAGUACCGCUUUCAUAUCAUCCCAGAUGGAAAUUGCCUGUACAGGGCAGUGUCAAAGGCAGCAUAUGGGGACCAGUCCAUGCACAGUGAGCUCAGAGAGCGCACUGUGCACCACAUUGCUGAUCACCUGGAUGAGUUCAACCCAAUCAUUGAAGGAGAUGUAGGUGAGUUCCUGAUAAAUGCGGCACAGGAUGGCUCUUGGGGUGGCUACCCUGAGUUACUGGCCAUGAGUCAGAUGCUGAAUGUUAACAUCUACUUGACCACUGGGGGGAGCCUGGAAAGCCCCACCGUCUCCACAAUGAUACACUAUCUUGGUGAGGAGGACUUGACAAAACCAGCCAUCUGGUUAAGCUGGCUAAGCAAUGGCCAUUACGAUGUGCUGAUGGACAACUAUCUGCCGAAUGCAGAGUAUGAUGACUGGUGCCGUCACACACAAGUGCAGCGAAAACGUGAUGAAGAACUUGCCAAAUCCAUGGCUGCUACUCUCUCAAAAAUGUACAUAGAGCAGAAUGGCCUACAUUGACCCAUCCCUUCGAUUUUGACAUUUCACUGACAUGCAUUUCAUAAAGUAUUGAUUUAUCCAAAAAAUACCUAAACAUUUAUUAGAUUAUUUCUAAUUGUUAAGUAUUAUUUUUUCUCAGAAAGGUCUAUGUAUUUUUGAGUAAAGCACAAACCUGCCGUGGUGCCUUUUCCAUAUGGAAGUCAAAGUAUGCUGCCCUACCUUCAUGGCCUUAAAUCUAAAUAUGUUUACCUGGCAAAUAACUUUGAUUUACUGGUUCAGUUGGUUGGCAAUGCAGUUCCAAUACAUUGUUGGGUGUUUGUUAAAAGUUCAUUUUUGUCAUAAAAAUACAGUGGGUUAAAACUACAUGAGAAACUACAUCAGAAACAUUUAAAACAAUCUAUACCAUAAAAUAAUGUCCUGGUAUUGCAUACUGUAUUUUUGUAAGCACAAUUGCACUUCUAAUUCCAUAUGUCAAUUAAGAAAUGCCAUAAUUUAUUCUAGUACUGUGUGUUUUUCUAAUACAGUAGUGUAUUUAAGUGCAGUGCACAGUUUCAUUUGUGUUUAAUAUGUGUUGUAUAUAUGACUACAGAAUAUCAAAUUGUAUAAUGCAUAUCUUCUUACCUGUAUUUUGUAAUAGCAGAUAGCAUAUUUUCUUUACUAGAAUAUGUAUCACCUAUUGUGUUACAUUACCCUUGUUGAUUAUUUUAUGACAUAUUUCCCUAGGUGUUUUUCCUCUAAGGUUUGUUUUUUUCUACAGCUGUUAGAUGUUGAACUAGUUUGAAAGACUGCUGGAUAUUUGUUGU